CGCCUGGCUGUUUAGGGAAAGCUCUGCAAAAUGCCGCCCAAAGGUCAGAAGGCUGAGGUCGAAACGUACUCAACUGGUAACCGGCUGACUGUUGGAUCAUUCUUAGGGAGCGAUGAUAUGCAUGACGACGAAGAUGUUGACGUGUGCGACGGUGAAAUACUGGACGGGGACGAGGAUGACAUCGAUAUCGUAGAUGACGGAAGCAAGCUGAGCGAUGAAUCACGGCGAUUCGACUGUAUUGUUGGGGCCCUUGAAGACGUUUUAAUGGAUCCCGAAUUUGAGGAGCUUCGGGAGGGCUUUUGCCGCGAGAAUUGCCACCACUUCGAGGAUACGGACGAAAACAAGCUCAUCUACACCGACAUUUUCACCAAGUACACAGAGCUUGUGGAGAGCACUAUUGACCAAAAGCUCAAGCAGGCGGUCCCAGGGUUCAGCAUGCAGGAGUUCAUGUUGCUGCUGGAGUCGCACAAGGACCACCUCAUGUCCGAGGUGUUCGAACUGCUUCUCUCCUUAGCAGACUUCGAGGCGUUUAAGGAGGUCAUGCUGUCUUACAAGCGCGACGCAAGCGAGGGCCCAGCCUUCCAAAUCAACUGCACACCGCUACGAGUAUAUGUCGAGCUCCAUUCUUCAGCUUGCACACGGGCGGUUGGCUUUGUGUUUUGGGUAAAGGCUAAAUCUUGCACCAGGGAGCAAGAGGAUGGUGACGAGCGCCCGGACCUGGACCUAAGCCUCCAAAUAUCCCCUAUCGGCGCGGGCCCCAAGGCCAAGCGGUAA